UGAGCUGGUGACAAUAAGUUUAAUCUUAUGAUCAAGUUAUAUGAUCUUACGAGUACAGAAAUUUCAAAAAAAAGUAAACUUAAUCUGUGUCAAGCUCUGCAGAAGGCAAAAGUCUCAAAUUCCCAUACUUUAUACUUUUGCGUAUGGGUAACCGUAUGUAAACUCACAACUUACACACAACAACCACCUACGCAAAUUUUCUCCCACACACUUUCGAGACUUUCCUUUCUUCUCCCGUUUCCGACUUGCUCUCCUACUUUCUCCGAAAUUCUCCACAGUUUCCUUCCCUCCCACGUAAUUGAAACAGCUGAGAUAUAAUUCUAGUCUGGCCCACCAAAAUGAACUUGACAUGUCGACACCAAUCACAAACAAUGGCGAUGAGGAGGGCGGACCGCCUCGUCGACAAACCCGCUUCGUCACUUGCAUCGUAAUCACGCAAGCGCUAAUUCUGAUAUUUUUCGCUGUUUGUAUCGCCUACAUGCAUCUCAGCGUCGAGACGGCGUACGAAACAGAAUAUGUUGAAGAUGAACCUAGCAGUGGGACAGAAAUUUUUGCGCUGGAUCAUUUCCCAGGCUUUCGGUUUUCUUUCACCGGAUUAGUGCUGUGCUUGAUACUCACAGAAGUUGUGCUCAAGAAGGGAAAUGGGACUCGGUGCGAAGGGAUAUUUACUCUGAUACUGCUUAUAGCUUCUUCUAUCCUAUUCUUUUACAUCCAAUUCUACCAACAUAAGCAUGACCGGUUUUUAUCCGAAUUUGGAGAUAAAACUCUGAAGAUCAUCUUAAUUUGUGUGUAUUGCCUCUUCAUUCUGUCCAUUGUUUCCUAUUACCUUGUCAAGACUUCAAGACUGUUGAAAUAAAUUAUUAUUACUGUUGAUAAAUGUGUCAUAAAGUAUUAACUAGUAUUAAUGCUUCUAUUAUAUAAUUAAUUGAUUCAUUAACCCAUUAUAAAUAGAAACGCAUUGCUAAUUUUAUGACUGGAUAAGUUUGCAUGUCGCUUUGAAAUAGGCGUGCCCCACAGAUUAAUCCGGGUUUUAUGUAUCAACGUCACAUGUUAAAUGGAUCAAUUAAAUGUAUUGAAAUAUAAUGGACAUUUAUGUAUUAAAAGAUACCUGACCAACACAAUAAAGCCAAUUUACAUAAAUCAGUA